UGUCAUUUGCGGCAUCAUACGUGUAUAUUGUAUUUUCCGGUCUUUGUCCUUUCUUUUUUUCCAGUCACCCAGCAUUAGUUCGUCAGCCAGGAAUUACGCACGUUUACUAUUAAGUGCUGGCGAAUAUUAAACAUGUUUAAUUCACUCAAAAUCAUUUUAUUACUAGGAAUAAUUUACUUGUGUAAAGCCGCCGAAGAAGAUGUUCUUGAUCUCACAGAUUCAGACUUUUCUACGGUAGUAGGCCAACAUGAUACCGCUCUAGUCAUGUUUUACGCACCAUGGUGCGGCCACUGUAAGAGAUUGAAGCCAGAGUACGCCGUGGCUGCCGGCAUCCUUAAAAAUGAUGACACACCGGUAGCCCUCGCCAAAGUAGACUGUACAGAGGGUGGGAAAAGCACGUGCGAGAAAUUCUCUGUAUCAGGAUACCCUACUCUGAAAAUAUUCAGGAAGGGUGAACUUUCACAAGAAUAUAACGGUCCUAGGGAAUCCAAUGGCAUUGUCAAAUACAUGCGUGCACAAGUUGGUCCCAGCUCUCGGGAGCUGCAGACUGUUGCUGAAUAUGAAGCAUUCCUUGGCAAAGAGGAUAUUGUUGUUGUUGGCUUCUUUGAGAAAGAAACUGAUCUUAAAGGAGAGUUCCUUAAGACUGCAGACAAAAUGCGUGAAGAAAUCACUUUUGGACAUUCCACUGUUAAGGAAGUGCUGGCUAAAGCUGGUUACAAGGAUAAUGUAGUGCUGUUCCGUCCCAAACGGCUGCAGAACAAAUUCGAGGAAUCAUUUGUUGUAUACAGCGGCGAGCCUGAGACCUACUCGCUCAAAGCAUUCAUCAAGGAGAACUACCACGGUCUGGUCGGCAUCCGGCAGAAAGAUAACAUUCCCGACUUCGGCAACCCACUGGUUGUGGCAUACUACGAUGUCGACUACGUCAAGAACCCGAAAGGAACCAACUACUGGAGAAACCGUGUGCUCAAGGUCGCGAAAGAAUUGUCUGAGGUUAACUUCGCUGUGAGUGAUAAGGAUGACUUCACGCAUGAGCUGAAUGACUACGGCAUUGACUUCGCCAAGGGUGAUAAGCCAGUGGUCGCUGGACGCGACGCCGAUGGCAACAAAUUCGUUAUGACUGAAGAAUUCAGUAUCGAAAACUUGCUGGCUUUCACCAAGGAUCUGGUAGACGGUAAACUGGAGCCCUUCAUCAAAUCAGAGCCGCUGCCAGAAAACAACGACGGCCCCGUGAAGGUGGCAGUGGGCAAGAACUUCAAGGAACUCGUAACAGAUAGCGGCAGGGACGCACUGGUCGAGUUCUACGCGCCGUGGUGCGGACAUUGUCAGAAAUUGGCGCCAGUUUGGGAAGAGCUUGGUACUAAGUUGGCCAAUGAGGAUGUGGACAUCAUAAAGAUAGAUGCAACUGCUAACGACUGGCCCAAGGCGCAGUUUGACGUGUCCGGUUUCCCAACCAUUUUCUGGAAGCCGAAAGACAAGUCUCAGAAGCCAGUUAGAUAUAAUGGUGGACGAGCUCUUGAAGACUUCCUUAAGUAUGUCUCAGAGCAGUCUUCCAGUGAACUCAAAGGAUGGGACAGGAAGGGCAAUGCCAAGAAAGAAGAACUGUAAACAUUAUGUUGUGAUGUAAAACUUUCCAUGAAAGAUCUGUGAGUGAAUGAUUAGAAUGUUUAAUGGUGUGAUUGCCUUAACAAAUCACUAAUUACAGCUAACUUAUUGUGUCUUACUAUAUGUGAAUAUUAUCUUUAUAUAUUCAUAACAAAUGUAUGUACACACCAGAGAGAAGUUAGUUUAUUACAUAGAUUUGUCUAAAUACAGUAAUUUGAAUGCAUUUCUUACGUAAUGUGAGUGGGAUAUUGAAUAAAUUAGGUUGUAUUUAUAA